UUCCUUUUGCGGUCACGCUACUUUCCACCGCAUUCGGUUUGUUUAACAGCUCUACAAGACACAGAAAGUAGUUAAAAAGAAAGACGAACAGCGGUUAUUAUAUCGAUACUCAGUUUAUAAGAAUAAAGCGCGUGUACAUAAUACAAGUUGUGAGCCAGAUACACAUAGAACCAAUUAGUAAUUCAUUAACAAAAAAGGACCAGCAAAAAUGGGUAAAGCUCAAAGCAAACGUUCAAUUGAUAUCACCACCGAUCCGAAGAAGGUUGGCGAGGGCAACGAAGUUGCUGGGAAACUCGAGAAAAUUGAAGAUGUCGAUCAAACGGCGCCCGCAUUAAACGGCGACGCAGCGUCGCCCAAGGAAAAGAAUGCCGACAGCGACGAUGCGGCUGCCACAAGCGAGAAAAAGGAAACUGAGGAGAAUUCGGAAAAUGACAAAGACUUGACAACCGAAAAGAACGCCGCAGAUGCGGCACCCAAAGCAGCGGAUGGCGCUGCUGGCGAUGCAGCUGGCGAAGCCGCCAAGGAUGAGACAGCAGCAGCAACUGGCUCGCCCAAGGAGGGCAGCGGAGCUGAGGAAAUUUCCCCGCUGGCUGAUGAGAGCAUCAAGUCCAAGUCGAAGAAGGAUAAAGUGAAAAAGAAAUGGUCAUUCCGUAGCAUCUCGUUUGGCAAAAAGGAUAAACAGAAGCCAGCCAAGGCCGAGGAUCCAGCUUCGCCAACAGAAGCAGCUGCAGCAGCGGCAACUCCAACCACUCCUGAAGCAGCUGCAACAAAUGGCGAGGCAGAGCGGCCAGCAGAAGCAGAGGGAGCAACGGCAUCCGUAGCAGCCCCAGAGCAAAGCGCGGAUGCAGCAACUGCAGAUGCGACAUCCAAGGCAGCAGCGCAACCCACUGAGAAUGGAGCAGCCAGCGAACAAGAGAAGCAGGAGCAACAGCUAAACGGUGACGACAAGACAUCUUCUGCCCCAGCAGCAACACCAGCCGCAGACGCAGCAGCAGCAGCAACAGCAGUAAGUGAGGAGACGGUCAAGGCCGAGCCAGUCGUUGAGGCCACAAAAGUGGAACCUGCUGCAGUGGAGCCAAGCGUUGUCCCGGAGCCCGUUAGUAACAAUGAAGCCACCGAAGUUGUUACCAAUGGCCAUGCAGCUGCGGUCGAUGUUGUGUUGACCAAUGGCGACAAAAAUGGUUUGGCCGAAUCACCAACCGAGCCGGAAGCAUCCCCCACCAACAACGUGGAGGAGGAGCAGCCACAUCAGAAUGGCACUAAUGGAGUUGGAGAGAAGACCGACGAGACUGCCACGCCACCUCCAACACCCGUUGCCGAGUCCGAGGCCGAGCAAAUUAAGAUCAAGUCGCAAAUCGAGGAUGAAGAUGUGCAAGCCGAAGGCACCGAGGAAGAAAAAGUGGUUGCAGCAAUCAUAGAGGCAGUUAGUGAAACCUCCGAUCCCGAUUCUGAAGGUUUUGUUCUUGUUGCACCUCAAACAGAAACCGCGUUAGCUGAGCCAUCUCAAGAAACGGUUUGGGCUUCAGUUACCCCUGUUGAUCAGCUAGAACUUGUCCCCGAGCCCAAGCUUGAAGGUGCUGUAGUUUCUGUCGAUGAGACAGCUGAUGAUGAAAGUGAAGCUGUUGCUGCUGCUGCAGAGCCAGCUCAAGUUGUAGUCGAGUCGAGUCUUCCGCCACCAUUGCCCAAGUCCCCACCGCCCUCACGUGUAUCGGCGUUUGCCUUGACCACUGACGACGAUGACAACGACGACGAAGUUGCAGCAGCAGCUGCACCAGCAGCGCAAGAUACGAACGACAAGUUGGUCGAGGAGAAGGAUCAGCCAGUGGAGCAGGAGCAGGAGCAGGAACAAAAACAAGAUCACGAGCAGGAAAUAAUAGCUCCAUCAACACCACCACCACCAGCAACAACAGAAGAAGUAGUAGAGCAGGAUGCAUCGCUGCUUAGCGAGAUUGAACAACAAGCUCAGGUGAUUGUCGAGAAAAUCACAGAGCAGGCAGCAGAUUUUGUCACAGAGCAAGUGAAACAAGAUGUGCCUCCCUUGAUUGAAGGCGAAGUCGAACCCAUUGAGAAAGUGAGCGAAGAGCAAAGAACCAGUCCUGUUCCUGUUGCAAGAAUUGUCACCGAUGUUGAUGAAGAUGAUGAUACGAACGAAAAAGAUGCUGAUACUAACAAGACGGUAGAAGACGUUGUUGAGCCCCCUGUCGAAGAAAUUGCUUCACAGCCAGAUGUGAUCAUCCAGAGUCUGACUGCUGCCGUCGAUGAGCUCUGUUUGCAGGAUAACGUUGAAGAGAAAGCCCUAGAUGAGACGCCGGCGCAGAAUGAGGAAAAGAAAACAGAUAGCGAUAAUAAGAUUGCGAAUGAAACCGAUAUCAAUUCCGAAUCCGAUACAGACAUAACCAGCUUAACAAAAGAGAUUCAGAGUCCAAAGCUGUUGAUUGAAGCUGCUGCUCAUUACGAGGAAACUGCCAAGGACAUCAAGGAGAAGAACGCCGCGGCAGAUGUUUCAACACAGGACCUGCCCGUGACAUGCGAAUAAUACUAAUAAUUAUUAUAUAUAUUACAUAUUAUUAAAAACAAAAGAAACAAAACAAAAAAAAAAAAAUACAAAAAUCAGAAAAAAAUACAAAAACAAAUAAGAAAA